AUGAUCCACCGCGAAGUAGCCGAUGGUCUAGAGCGUCUUUGGAACGUAAGAGUAAACUGCAUAUGGGAAGCCGAUGAAAGUAGUCGCCAUGGAGAGGUUUAUAUAUUCGACCAUGUAUUUAAGCAGGAAUGUACAAAUUCAGAUGUAUAUGGAUCUGUAGUAAAACCUUUAGUCGAUUCCUUCAUGGAAGGUUUCAAUGCCACAAUAUUUGCAUAUGGCCAAACAUCUUCUGGCAAAACACACACCAUUUUGGGCAAUAAAACAGAUCCUGGGCUUUUCCAAUUAGUAUCCAAUCAGUUAUUCCAGCAUGUGGCAGACCAGGUUGAUAAGAGGUACUUGAUUAGAUGCAGUUAUAUUGAAAUCUACAAUGAAAAGAUCAAUGACCUCCUGGAUAAGAGCAAUCAGGAAGAUAUCAAAGGAAAUGUGCUGCUUGAUGCAAGGGAAGCUGUCGUAGACAAUGUUGAUAAAGUUAUGGAGAACAUGAUGCAGGGCAAUAAGAUCAGACGAGUUGCAGCUACUCGCAUGAAUGAGAGGUCAUCUCGAUCACACACGAUUUUCCGGAUUAUUCUGGAGUCGAAAGAUGCCAAUCAGAAAGAUGGACCUGUACAUAUAAGCUACCUUAACUUAAUGGACUUAGCUGGUUCUGAGAGAGUUUCUCUGACGAAAGCUGCUGGUGAGCGUCUUAAAGAGGGGGCUAACAUAAACAAAUCUUUGUCAGUAUUAGGAAAUGUGAUAAGGCAACUAAGCGAGGGGAAGGAGUUUAUCAGUUAUCGCGAUUCGAAAUUGACUAGACUGCUCUCACAGGCUCUUGGCGGUAAUGCCAAAUCAUUGAUUAUCGGGAAUGAAUGUACAAAUUCAGAUGUAUAUGGAUCUGUAGUAAAACCUUUAGUCGAUUCCUUCAUGGAAGGUUUCAAUGCCACAAUAUUUGCAUAUGGCCAAACAUCUUCUGGCAAAACACACACCAUUUUGGGCAAUAAAACAGAUCCUGGGCUUUUCCAAUUAGUAUCCAAUCAGUUAUUCCAGCAUGUGGCAGACCAGGUUGAUAAGAGGUACUUGAUUAGAUGCAGUUAUAUUGAAAUCUACAAUGAAAAGAUCAAUGACCUCCUGGAUAAGAGCAAUCAGGGUUUAACUAUGAGAAGAUAUCAAAGGAAAUGUGCUGCAAUGGAAGCUGUCGUAGACAAUGUUGAUAAAGUUAUGGAGAACAUGAUGCAGGGCAAUAAGAUCAGACGAGUUGCAGCUACUCGCAUGAAUGAGAGGUCAUCUCGAUCACACACGAUUUUCCGGAUUAUUCUGGAGUCGAAAGAUGCCAAUCAGAAAGAUGGACCUGUACAUAUAAGCUACCUUAACUUAAUGGACUUAGCUGGUUCUGAGAGAGUUUCUCUGACGAAAGCUGCUGGUGAGCGUCUUAAAGAGGGGGCUAACAUAAACAAAUCUUUGUCAGUAUUAGGAAAUGUGAUAAGGCAACUAAGCGAGGGGAAGGAGUUUAUCAGUUAUCGCGAUUCGAAAUUGACUAGACUGCUCUCACAGGCUCUUGGCGGUAAUGCCAAAUCAUUGAUUAUCGGGAAUGAAUGUACAAAUUCAGAUGUAUAUGGAUCUGUAGUAAAACCUUUAGUCGAUUCCUUCAUGGAAGGUUUCAAUGCCACAAUAUUUGCAUAUGGCCAAACAUCUUCUGGCAAAACACACACCAUUUUGGGCAAUAAAACAGAUCCUGGGCUUUUCCAAUUAGUAUCCAAUCAGUUAUUCCAGCAUGUGGCAGACCAGGUUGAUAAGAGGUACUUGAUUAGAUGCAGUUAUAUUGAAAUCUACAAUGAAAAGAUCAAUGACCUCCUGGAUAAGAGCAAUCAGGGUUUAACUAUGAGAAGAUAUCAAAGGAAAUGUGCUGCUUGA